CCAGUCCGAUACACUCACAAACACGAUAAACCCUGAGAGAUACACAAGCCCAAAGCAGCAGGCUAUAGUCAUGAAGGUGUUUAUGGUUCUCACUGUUGCAGUGCUCUCUGCAGGCUGCAAUGCCAACCUCUUUUAUGCUGAUGCACCCAAGCCACAGCUGGAAGUGCUGACUGAUGCGUUCUGGGACUACAUUGCCAAGGCCACACAGACAGCUGAUGACACCCUCCAGAUGAUCAGGAAAUCCCCAAUUGGACAGGAAAUCAAUGUCCGUCUGACAGAAAGCGCUGACAUAGCUAGCAAGUAUGUAGUCACCCUGCAGGAGCAGCUUCCCCCUGCAGCCCAUGACCUGAUAAACAAGAUCACCACAGAGGCGGAUGUGUUGAAAAACGUGCUCACCCAGGAGCUGAGCUCUGUCAGGGACAAGCUGGAGCCCUACACUGAGAACAUGAAGGCACAAAUCCAACAGAGAGUGGAGCAGCUCAAGCAGGAGCUGGCCCCCUAUGCUGACUCCCUGGACUCUGAUGCUCUGAGGACCACCCUGAUGCAGAAGAGCGAAGAGCUGAAGAUUAGUCUGGAGCAGAGCGUGAAAGACCUGCAGGCUCAACUGGGGCCUUACACUGAUGACCUGAAGCAGAAGGUGGACCAGCAUCUGCAGGAAUUCCAAAAAAGCGUGGCCCCCAUGACCGAGAAAGUACAAGUGGAGCUAAGCCAGAGAGCCAAUCUUGUCAAACAGAUGGUAGCCCCCUACGCCGAAGACUUGAGAGAAAAGCUGGACCCCUACGCCCAGGACCUCCAUGCUCAGCUCAGUUCCCUCUACCAGUCAUUUGUUGAAGCCAACUAAAUUAAAUUUCACUUCCUGAGACAUAAUUUAACAAGAAUAUGGCCUUGUUGGUCUACCUCUGUUUGUAACAUGAUACAUAUCAGAUAUCUGACUUGUACUGUAAAUCAAAUCAAACUAUUUUAAUAUGCAUAACAUAAUAUUUAUUACUAAGAAGAAAAAAGCAAAGAAAAACCAUGCACUUGUCAAACAUGUACAUACUGUUUUUACUGUGUGAAGUUAGUAAAUGUGAACUUUUUGUUAUCGGAAGUUAUCUGAAAUAAACAUAAAUUAUAAAAAUCUAAAA